GUCAGUAUAUUUUUAAAUUCCAACUGUGUAAAGAAUCCUAAUAUUGGAAGUUCCAAUCUCCUUUUCGGCAACGAUUCUAACAUUUUCGUGGCACAAUAAAAUUAUUGGUGGCUUUUCAGAGGAUUGUCACCGAACUCUUGAACAAACUAAGACCUACAAAAACAAAUACUGUUAAAAUAGACAUGUCAGUACAAAACUGAUGAGAAACCAACUGACGCCACAACACAGCAACAAGAAUAGCGGACAAUCCAAACAGUUCGAUUUUAUCGUGAAUCGAUUUUUAACCUGGCGAUCUGAAUCGAUUAGAAAAACACUUCUUUAGAAAAAUUGGUAUCCCUAAUCCAAGGACCAAGGCCGCUAUGACAACGUCAUGGGCAACGCAUCAUGUGGAGCAAGGAACUGGAGUAUCAUCUGUCAAUGUUGGACCUCCAGCUACAUCAACACCCAUAAAUGACCUGCAGCAGCGUCAUCAGUCGACGUAUAGCGAUGCAAGUACCGUCAAUCGCUCGCUAUUGUUCGGCGAACCGGUGAGCAGAUAGAAGGUCUGAGGAGAGCGAUUACGAGUGGAUUCUUAGAGACUCGGAAAUCGAUCGUUGCGAAAUUACUUAUUGCUGUCGAAGUGAGCACGUCGCGUUGAACAUGACCGAUCCUUGGCAAAAUUUCAAACGCCGCCAUGCAGAGUCACUCCGCGAAAUAGCGCAAAGGUUGCCGGAGUAUCCUAUGGACACUGACGAUUUGAUGAAAGACAGUUUGUUCCGCUUAUACGACGUUUAUGCAGUUUAUAAAGUUCUGAAGGCAAAAUUCCCGACCAUUCGGGACUACGGAAUACAAACUGAAAAAACCUGGUCCGUAGAUCAAGCCCUUUACGACGUCAUUGGCCCGAAUUUCGCCAAGACCAAAAAUGAGACUGCACAAACUUCUGUCAUGGAUCGACACAUGAUGGAAUUUUUUACCAAACGUUGUAGCGAUUUCAUGAAGAACUUGCGUCGGUAUCAGGAUUGUGGAACUGAGAAGACCUUGUCCGUGGAUCAAGCCCUGUGCGGGUUCUUUGAUCGGUAUUUUGUCGAAACUAAGGAUGCGACAACACAGACCGAUGCGUAUCAACGCACAAUAGGGACUCAAACAACUGAAGCGUGGAUUGAUCAUAGCCGAUCUCCGAUUUCUCCUAAAAAACGCCCGCACCAUAGUCCGUCCCCGGUGCAAGAAAAAUUGCCAAAAAUGCAAAUUUUCCGUCAUACUCAAUCAUCCACGCUAACUAGGAGACCGAACAUGUGUUGGAACUGCGGAAGUACGGAUCAUUUUUAUUCAAGAUGCCCAAAUCCUAGAGUCGACCCUUUUUGCUACGGAUGUGGCCGACGCGGGGUCACAUUGAGAUUGUGCCCGGUCUGCGGCCCCGAUUGGAAGAAUCUCGGGCCGUAUCACCCCGAAAGGGGCCAUCUGGGGACAAGGAAGUUCUCCUAGAUUGCUGCCGUUUACGUUUUUUAUUCUUUUUUUUUAUAUUCAUUUAUUUUUGUUGCUGCCGUCAAGACUUCUCCCGCCGCACGAAGAGAAUUUUGUACGGAUUUGGAAUAAAGAGAAUUGAGACUUUAGAUACUUAA